CUCUCGUCCACUUACGCAGUCAACCCAAAAUCUGUGACUCGAACAGCAGGGGUGGAAGAAGACCUUAGUUGAAUAAAUAUGUCUCUAGCCCCGGCAGCAGUUCCAGGUGUGUCUCAUCUCCCUUCCAAGCGCCUCCGUGGUCAUCGUUUACCCGUCUUGCUUGCUCUCGUCGGCACACCAUUUGUUUUUGUCCAUGACUGGCGCCUCCGCCAUCGACGGAGACGUACCUGGAUCUUGGGCUGCUUUCUAACUGUUGAACGAUUUUGUAGAGAGGCAACCCUCACCUGGGGGUUUGAAUCUGUCCUCCAAUAACCCCUUUCGCAACCGAAUGGUGCCGCCGCCCACAUUCCAACG